UUCAAGUCCCUAGCCCCCAAAGCCUCUGCUCACUAGACCGCAUGCCACUGGGGCUCUUCACGCUAUGGGAAAGUGAAUGGACCCAAAAUAAAGCAGCCAUAUCUCUUGGCUCCUCUGUACUCCCCAUCGUGUUUCCACAGCUCUGAGCCAGAGACCAGCCACACGGUCGUCCUGUGAACAACAAAACCGUGAUGAAGGCAACAGGAGUCAGAAUGCUAUUCACGGCAGGAAGCCCCAGCAUCCGGUGAGAAAUAAGAAGUACUAGAGCACAGGAUGCGCCCUGGGUCAGGGGGACGUAAAAAGCCUGGAGUCUGUAACCUUCUCUGCGCCAGAGCUGUAGUGGCUUUGCAGCAGAGCCACAGCCCUCAGCUCCCCUCGGAGCACAACCGGGUGCCAAGCUCUAAGAUCCAGAGGGGGCUGCUGUCAUUGUGGGGGAGUCUAGCCUCUCCCAGAAGAAGACACAGCAGAAUGGCCAUCUCAACAGGUUUGCUGCUGCUGCUGCUGCUGCUCCUGGGUCAGCCCUGGGCAGGGGCUGCUGCUGAUUCAGAGGCUGUCGUAUGCCAGGGGACUGCCUGCUACACUGCCCACUGGGGCAAGCUGAGCGCCGCUGAAGCCCAGCAUCGCUGCAAUGAGAAUGGAGGCAAUCUAGCCACGGUGAAGAGCGAGGAGGAGGCCCGGCACGUCCAGCAAGCCCUGGCUCAGCUCUUGAAGACCAAGGAACCCUUGGAAGCCAAGAUGGGCAAAUUCUGGAUCGGGCUUCAGCGAGAGAAGGGCAAGUGUACGUACCAUGAUUUGCCAAUGAAGGGCUUCAGCUGGGUGGGUGGUGGAGAGGACACAGCUUAUUCAAACUGGUACAAAGAGAGCAAGAGAUCCUGUACCUCUAAGCGCUGUGUGUCCCUGAUACUGGACCUGUCCUUGACACCUCACCCUAGUCACCUCCCCAAGUGGUAUGAGAGCCCCUGUGGGACUCCUGAUGAUCCAGGUAAAAACAUUGAAGGUUUCCUGUGCAAGUUCAACUUCAAAGGCAUGUGCAGUCCCCUCGCCCUGGGUGGUCCAGGGCAGGUGACUUAUACCACCCCUUUCCAGGCCACCACCUCCUCCCUGGAGGCUGUGCCUUUUGCCUCUGCUGCCAAUGUAGCCUGUGGGGAUAAGGCUGAGAAUAAGAUUCGUUAUUUCAUAUGCAAUGAAAAGACUCCAGGUAUAUUCCAUUGGGGCAGCUCAGGCCCCCUCUGUGUCAGCCCCGAGUUUGGCUGCAGUUUCAACAAUGGGGGCUGUCAGCAGGACUGCUUCGAAGGUGGGGAUGGCUCCUUCCGCUGUGGCUGCCGGCCUGGAUUUCGGCUGCUGGACGACUUAGUAACUUGUGCUUCUCGGAACCCCUGUAGCUCCAGUCCAUGCACAGGAGGGGGCACAUGUCAUCCUGUACCCCUCAGCGAAAACUACACAUGCCAGUGUCCAAGUGGCUACCAGCUGGACUCUAGCCAAGUACACUGUGUGGAUAUAGAUGAGUGCCAGGACUCCCCCUGUGCCCAGGGAUGUAUCAACACUCCUGGAGGCUUCCAGUGUGAGUGUUGGGUGGGCUACCAAUCCAGUGGCCCCAAAGAGGAGGUCUGUGAGGAUGUGGAUGAAUGUGCCCACUCGCCCUGUGCCCAUGACUGUGUCAACACUGUUGGCUCUUUCCACUGCUCCUGUAAAGAUGGCUAUGCCUUGUCUGGGGAAGACAGUACCCAAUGUGAGGAUAUAGACGAGUGUUUGAACUCCAGCGGCAAUCCAUGUGACACCUUUUGCUUCAACUCGGAGGGUUCCUUCAGCUGUGGCUGCCUGCCAGGCUGGGAGCUGGCUCCCAAUGGAGUCUCUUGUAUCAAGGGCAUUGUAUCUUUAGAACCACCAACCAGACCUCCCCAAAAGGAUGGCAAAGGUGAUAGAAAGGGGAGUACUGUGCCUCCUUCUGAAAUGCCCAGUUCUUCUAGAGGCUCUGAGAAUGUCUACAAGGGAGGACACACCACAGAUCACCCCUCCCUCCCAUCGGAUACCCCCAAUGCCUCUGUUCCACCAGAAAUAUCAGUCCCUAGUGAGGCAUCUGGUGUCUGGAUGGAGCUGAGUACACACCUCCCCACGGCCACUGGCCACAGCAAGCCCACACAUGAAGAUUCUGUGGCGGCACACAGUGACAGCGACACCAAUGGGCAGAAGCUGCUUCUGUUCUACAUCCUGGGCACUGUGGUGGCCAUCUCACUCUUGCUGGCUCUGGCCUUAGGGCUUCUCAUUUAUCGUAAACGGAGAGCCAAGAAGGAAGAGAUAAAAGAGAAGAAGCCCCAGAAUGCAGCUGACAGCUAUUCCUGGGUUCCGGAGCGAGCCGAGAGUCGAGCCCUGGAGAAUCAGUACAGCCCAGCACCUGGGACAGACUGCUGAAGACAAUGUGGCUGUAGAAACACAGGCAGCUGCCACUACUUUCAGAACUUUCCAGUCCCCGAUAAGGGGGUGACCAACAUCAUUCUGAAAGACUGGACUGGACUC